AAGUGGGUGAAUCAUCAAGUGCUGCUGUUGCUACUACUGCUACUAUGAAUAAUGUUCCAAGUGUCGUUCAACUCAAAGACAUGCUUCAUGAUACUAUGGGACCAAAUUUUUUUAAUAAUGAAAAUAGUGCCACAGGGGUAGAAGAUGCAGCACAAUUUGAUGCUCGUUUUGGUGAUCCAUAUGGUGUCAGUACAGAAUCGAUAUUUAAGGAGCCAAGAGGAGAUGCAAAGGAGUUCUUUGAUCUUUUCACUCACCCUGAGUUUGCUAGUGAACCGAGGAAUGUUAGGUUAGGUCUGUGCACUGAUGGGUUCACUCCUUUUGGACAUUCUGCAUCUCCAUACUCUUGUUGGCCAGCAUUUGUGUCAGUUUAUAACAUGCCUCCAGCAAUGUGCAUGAAGCAAGAAUAUGUAUUCUUUUCAUUGAUUAUCCAAGGUCCCCAAAGUCUUGGAAAGAAUAUUGAUGUAAUGCUUCGACCACUAAUUGAUGAUUUAAAGCAGCUUUGGUGGAGCACACAUGGUAAAUUAGCUUGUCCCUAUUGCAUGGAAAAUUCGAAGGCCUUUUGGUUGGAAAACGGUUGGAAGACAUCAUUUUUAGAUUGUCACCGACAGUUUUUGCCAUCGGAGCAUCCAUUUAAAAGAAACAAGAAUGACUUCAUAAAGGGUCGUACAGAGAAUGGAACAAUGUCAGAGAGAUUGUCUGGUGAUGAGAUGCAUAGUUGCAUCCAUUGGCCGCAUGAUGUACUAUUUGGUAAGCCACCUCAAAAAUAGGAAAUCCACGGAUUUGGUGAAGUGCACAAUUGGGUUAAAAAGAGCAUAUUUUGAGAAUUACCAUAUUGGCACACAAACUUAAUUCGACACAAUUUACAUGUCAUGUACUGUAAGAAAAACUUUUUUGACAA